UUUCCUUCAGAGUAUGAGAACAAUGCUGACUGCACGUGGAGUAUUCUGGCCGAGCCGGGAGACACCAUUGCCCUCGUCUUCACAGACUUCCAACUAGAAGAUAGAUAUGACUUUCUAGAGAUCAGCGGCACAGAAGCACCAUCAAUAUGGCUUACUGGAAUGAAUUUGCCAUCCCCUGUCAUCAGUAGCAAGAAUUGGCUGCGGCUGCACUUCACAUCUGACAGCAACCAUCGGAGGAAAGGAUUUAGUGCCCAGUAUCAAGUGAAGAAGGCCAUCGAGCUGAAAUCCAGAGGGGUGAAAAUGCUCCCGAGCAAGGAUACAAGUCACAAAAAUGCAGUCUUAAGCCAAGGUGGAAUGGCUGCAGACAUUUGUCCAGAUCCGGGGAUUCCUGAGAACGGGAAAAGAAUUGGCUCCAGCUUCCAGGUUGGAGCCAGCAUCCAGUUUUCCUGCGACGACAGCUACGUACUGCAGGGAUCAAAGAGCAUCACUUGCCAGAGAGUGACUGAGACCCUGGCGGCCUGGAGUGACCACAGGCCUAUCUGUCGGACUAGGACCUGUGGCUCUAAUCUGCGGGGCCCUAAAGGCAUCAUAACGUCUCCAAAUUAUCCCGUCCAGUAUGAGAAUAAUGCACACUGUGUGUGGGUCAUAACAGCAAUGGAUCCAGAGAAGGUCAUCAAGCUGGCUUUUGAAGAGUUUGAUCUAGAGCGAGCGUACGAUACGUUAACAGUGGGUGACGGAGGGAAAAUAGGUGAUGCUCGAAGAGUACUUUAUGUGAGACUGGGCAUUCUGGCUUUUGGUCAGAAUGAAUGUCAUGACCCUGGUAUUCCCAUCAACGGGCAGCGCUUUGGAGAGCACUUCUUACUGGGCAGCUCAGUGCUCUUCACGUGUGAUGAGGGCUUUAUCAAAACCCACGGAUCCGAAUCCAUCACCUGUGUCAUCCAGGAUGGAAAUGUAGUGUGGAAUGCGGCUGUCCCCCGGUGUGAAGCUCCAUGUGGCGGACAUCUAACGGCUCCCAUGGGGGUCGUACUGUCCCCUGGCUGGCCCGGAUACUACAAAGACUCCCUCAACUGCGAAUGGGUGAUUGAAGCCAGAAAGGAUCAUGCCAUCAAGAUAUCUUUUGACAGCUCAGUGCUCUUCACGUGUGAUGAGGGCUUUAUCAAAACCCACGGAUCCGAAUCCAUCACCUGUGUCAUCCAGGAUGGAAAUGUAGUGUGGAAUGCGGCUGUCCCCCGGUGUGAAGCUCCAUGUGGCGGACAUCUAACGGCUCCCAUGGGGGUCGUACUGUCCCCUGGCUGGCCCGGAUACUACAAAGACUCCCUCAACUGCGAAUGGGUGAUUGAAGCCAGAAAGGAUCAUGCCAUCAAGAUAUCUUUUGACAGGUUUCAGACGGAGGUUAAUUACGACACGCUGGAGAUUCGGGAUGGGCCCUCCAACUCGUCGCCUUUGAUCGGGGAGUACCACGGCACUCAGGCCCCCCACUUCCUCAUCAGCACCGGCAAUUACAUGUACCUGCUCUUUACUACCGACAACAGCCGUUCCAGUGAAGGCUUCCAGAUCCGCUAUGAGAGUAUUAUGAUGGAAACAGAUUCCUGUUUAGAUCCAGGCAUCCCGGUGAAUGGGAAAAGGCACGGGAACAAUUUCGCCAUCGGCUCCAGAGUGACGUUCAGCUGCGAUCAAGGCUAUACUCUGAGCGAUAAUGAACCCAUUGUGGAUUGA